AUGUUCCACAUGUACAAGAGCCUACUUUUACUUCUCUUGACUUGGGCAGAUUUACAGGCUGCAAACGCUUUCCCCCAUCAUCGUCAUCACCAUGGAGGUCAAAAGCGUGAUGCUGGACAGUGUACUUUCCCCUAUGCCGAGAAAAUGGUCGCUGUAACACCAGAAAAGGGAAAUGCUGGCUGGGCCAUGUCUCCCAAUCAGUAUUGUACUUCAGAUUCUUGGUGCCCCUAUGCCUGCGAACCAGGAUAUGUAAUGGCUCAAUGGAGCCCUCAUGCAAAAUCGUAUUCUUAUCCCGAGUCCAUGCAUGGAGGACUCUAUUGUGACUCAAAUGGUAAUGCCGUAAAACCCUUUGACGACAAGGAGUACUGUUAUCCAGGAGUUGGUAAUGUCUUUGCAAUUGAUGAAACUGGAAAAGGAGUUUCUUUUUGCCAGACCGUUUUGCCUGGUAACGAAGCUAUGCUUAUACCAACUUGGGUCUCUGCUGGUUCAGAACAAGUUUUGGCAGUUCCAGAUGCCUCUUACUGGGUUGGUACUGCUGCCCAUUACUAUGUUAAUCCCCCAGGUUUUUCUACAAGUGAGAGCUGUAUAUGGGGUACUUCUGACAAGCCCUACGGAAACUGGGCCCCUUACGUAGUCGGUGCCAACAUGGAUGAAAAUAACAUUACUUAUGUGAAGCUGGGUGCAAAUCCGAUUUAUCUGGAUGAUCCCUAUUGGUCUACUAUUAAGCCAAGGUUUGGAUUAAAGGUUGAAUGUGAAGGCAAUACUUGUUCCGGGCUACCAUGCUAUAUGGAUCCUCGCGAAAAAGGUGUACAAGGAUGCCCUGACGGGAGUCCAAAUGGAGCAGGUGAUGCCUGUUUUUGUGUUGUUGGCUUUCAACCUGGAACAAAAGCUCGAAUUGUUGUUGUGGACUACAGUGACCAAAUGAGCUCCUCAUCAGCUAUGUCUUCUGGUACUGCCGCCCCAACUGCUUCUGCUACUUCGACAGCAGAAAUGACUUCAAGUAGUUUGACUAAUUCUAGCGCGUUUGCACUUCCUAGUGGCUUCUCUUCGUCCAUACUAACUUUAAAUACCCAAACAAAUUCGCAAAGUUCGUCGUCAUUCUCUUUGCCGGCACCCAAAAGUACUGCAAACCCUAGUACCACUGGUUCAGAAAUAAGUGGUUAUCAUAAAGCUAGUAGUGAGAUUUCGUCAGACAGAAGCCUUUCUUUUACUAACUUUGUAACUGUCAACACGGUCAGUCGCGGAAAGAAUCAAUUGACCGGCCAGGAUAGCCAAUCAACCGCACCCGAGAACAAACCUGUUGCUAGCAAUACAGUAGUGACCGGGUCAAGUACUUUUAAAAGCAGUCAACCCGAUCCUCGCAAUAGUGGAUGGUCUUCUUCAACCAACGUCCCUGUAGUCCCAAUAAUGACUACAGGUACAGGUGAAUCCAAGAAUGGUUCAUCCAACAAUAGUAAUAACAAGGGAAAAUAUGGUUCCGAAUCUAAGUUUUCUCCUACUAGUGCAAAAGCCAACAUUUUUCUUACUACGGUAACUUCUUAUUCGAAUGCCGCUUCCCCAUUCGUCCAUACAAUCAAUGGACAAGAAACGACAACUACCACGACGGUGGCUGUUCAAAAUAUGCACGCUGAAAUUCAGACUGCCUUUCAUACGCUAGUAGUAUCCGAUGUGGUACAUGACACAGCGACCCAAUAUAUUUAA